AGGCGACAGGUGCACAACAGCUCCAGGACACUUCGACUGCAAAAGAACAUGGAACCUCAGAAGGCGAAGGUGGUCCUGAUCUUGGACUCUGAGGCGGUGGAUUCGCUCAAAGACGGAGUCAACUUCAAGAAAAACCCACAAGACGCCAAAUGUUACAUCAUCUACAAGAGUGAGGAGGGGUACCGCGCCUGCAAGAACCAGUGCAAACACCAGGGGGGGGUCUUCAUCAAGGACAUAGAAGAUCUAGGAGGAAGCACGGUGAAAUGCACCAAACACAACUGGAAACUCAACGUGUCCACCAUGAAGUACGUGAACCCUCCAGACAGCUUCAUGCAGGACGAGCUGGAGGUGGAGGUGCUGGAGGACGGGGGCUUACAGCUGGUGGAGUUGUGCCCAGAGGACCCCUGGUUACUGGACCCCCGGGAGCCUGUGGAGCUGCAGCCUGGAGAGGUGCAGGUGACGUACCUGACCCACGCCUGCAUGGAGCUGAAGCUGGGCCAGUGCACGUUCCUGUUCGACCCGUGGUUACAGGGCCCUGCCUUCGCUCGGGGCUGGUGGCUCCUUCAUGAACCUCCUGCAGACUGGAGAGAGCGUCUGUGUGGAGCCGACCUCAUCUACAUCAGCCACAUGCACUCAGACCAUCUCAGUUAUCCCACUCUUAAAGUCCUGUCCGAGAGGAGACCGGACAUGCCCAUAUACGUCGGGGACACGUCCAGACCUGUGUUCUGGUAUUUGGAGCAAAGUCAAGUGAAACUGAUCAACAUCAACGUGGUUCCUUUUGGCGUCUGGCAAAACGUAAACGAACAUUUGCGUUUCAUGAUUUUGAUGGACGGAGUUCACCCUGAAAUGGACACCUGCAUCAUCGUCCAGUACAAAGGUCACAUGAUCCUGAACACGGUGGACUGCACCAGACCAAACGGGGGCCGGCUCCCUCAGAACGUGGCCCUGAUGAUGAGCGACUUCGCCGGGGGAGCGUCGGGCUUCCCCAUGACCUUCUACGGAGGAAAAUACACAGACUCGUGGAAGGCCGAGUUUGUGAAGAACGAGAGAAAGAAGCUGUUGAACUACAAGGCGUCUCUGGUGAAGACACUGCAGCCCAGAGUCUACUGCCCCUUCGCUGGGUACUUUGUGGAGGCUCAUCCCUCUGACAGAUACAUAAAAGAAACCAACACGAAGAACUCGGCCAGCGCCCUGAACGACCUCAUCAACAAACAAGCCCCAGAAGUCCGGACCUGGACCCCACUGCCGGGAGCCGUACUAGACCUGGGACUGGCCCUGAGACUGGACCCCACAGACAGUGGAGCAGUGCACGUCCCUCCGGCUGGUACUAAAGAGUACAAGGACAGCUGGGACAUGGAGCCGUACGUGAACGAGCAGAACGAGGCCAUCGGCGCACACAUUUUCCGUUACCCCGAGUGGAUCCGCUUCUACUACACGUGGGCUGGAUUCCGCGACUACAAUCUGGUCGUCAGGGUGAUCGAGAGCGACGAGGACUUCGGGCCGUUCCCUGGAGGUUACGAUUACCUGGUGGACUUCAGUGAUCUCAGUUUUCCCGCGCAAAGACCCUCCAGAGAACACUCCUAUUUAGAGUUGAAAAACCGCGUUGGCGUGAUGCGCUGGGUGGUUCUAAACGGACGCCUGUGGGACGACCUGUACAUCGGGUUUCAGAACAGGAUCAGCAGAGACCCCGACGUCUACCACCACAAGUUUUGGAACCACUUCCAGAUCGAGCUCCCGCUGCAGAGGCCGGACUGGGACCAGUUCUUGAAGGAGGUCCGGUCCGGAGAGCCUGAGGAUCCGACCCAGAACCAGACCAUUUGACCAUCACUACUAAUGGCUAAUGAAGGCCACAUGGAGCCCACCCUGCACCUGUCUGACAGGGGCGAGGCCACCGUCAGGGCGCGUGCACGGAGUCUGGAGCGCGCCAGGUGGGCGGGGCGGAGCAGGGCGCCACGGGCAAACAGCUGUAUUUCUAGGUUCCGCACAGCCGCACAAAAGUAAACCAUCAACAAAAAUACACAAAAAGGACUAAUUACAACUUACUACAAAAGGGAACAAAAACAACUAAUGAUCCAAAUCAAUGUGCGAAACAAUCAUAAACUGUAUAAAAAGUGGAGUAAGUGAGUGUGACGUCACCAGAGCGUCACAACGACACGUACGGCUCAGGGUUUGGUGGUAAAUUUCCAGAAAGUAUAAGAAUGUUAUUAAAGAAAAACAAAAACAAACAAACAAAAAGAAAGAAAAAAAAUGCUCAAGUAAAAGUAUUAAGUACUUGUUUAAAAAUGUAUUUCAGGAGUAAAUAGUAAAAGUAUUUUGCACAAAUGUAUAAAGUUACAGAUGUAGUGAUUUUGAUAAAAAUAUGUGCUUGAUUUUGUGCAACAGAAACAACUGAAUCAACUACAAAUGUGUCCAAAAUCAAUCCUCAGAAUCCUUGUAUCAUUUGUUUUUCAAAAUAAAAUAAAAAAAAUAAUAGCAAAGAAAAACAGAUUUUUCAGCUCAGAUUUAAGUUUCCUGCAGGCACGAAACUUCAGAGACUUGAUGGACCCAGUAAACAUCAAGAGAAUUUAAUGAAAUUUCUCACAGAAGUUUACUUUGGAAGGUGUAAAAAAUUGAUACUAGGUACAGAUUGAUUUUCAAAAAUGUUUCAAAAAGUUGGGCAAAUGAUGCUCUCUAGUGACCUCCUGCCUCCUGGUUCCAGAAGUACAUUUCUUAUUAGUUUUUCUCUUAGACUUUCUGAAACAAAAAAUGAAAGUUUGAAAUCUCAGGGCUGAUCAGCGAAUGACCAACCAGACAGGAGUCGCCAAGUGCCUCUGCUCAAUUUCAUUUCUCUCCAGCGACUAGAUCAGGAAUCAGAAUCCACUAAACCAGGAGUGUCAAACUCAUUUUGUUCCGGGGGCCAUAUCCAACGUACUUUGAUCCCAAAGGGGCCGGAUCAGAAAACUCAUGUCAUAUAAACCCCAAAAAUAAAAAUAAGUUCAAAUAUUUGUGCAGAAAAACGCAAAUGUAUUACAGAAAUAUUUUUUAAAUUGAUGAACUCUUUCUUUUACAAAAUAUUAUAUUAUUAAGAACCUGAAACUUUAAGAAAAAUGCAAUUUCAACACAACGUUUUAACAUGAACUUGUUUGCAAACAGGAAUAAGUCAGUUUUUGUUGUAAAAUCCUGCACUCGGCUCCACUUUUCUCAUGUUGGACAUUUUUGUGAUGAGGGUGUCACGGUCAACAGUCAAAACGAUCGUCCUUUAAGAGCGUUUGGAAAGAGACAAGUCUUCAUUUGUGCUGCUCUGGUGGGAGGGGCCACGUACAGAGACGCUGGAGACGCUGCUGUGAUAAACACCACAGAAAAU